AUAUAAAUUAAAUCAAGAAGAAGAAGCUUUCAUUUCAUAUUUGAUACCUGGUAACCACAUAACAUCAUGUGGUUUCCUGUCAUCCUUCUACUAGCCGGUGUGGCCGUGGUCACAGGCACGCUUGAUCACGAGCAUGCUUGGGAAAAGGAAAACGAAUAUGAGUACCUUCUACACAGUCGGACACUGGCAGGUCUUGACAAGUUGAAACAACAAUAUACUGGACUUCAAAUGAUGGCUAAACUCAUCGUUCAUGUAAAAUCGCCACAGAAAUUGCAAAUGAGACUGUCCAAUCCACAGUAUGCUCAUCUACACACCACAUUAAUGGACGGCCCGGAAACCGAACUUCCUGAUCAUAUGCUGGAGUAUCGGAAGAUUCCUAUGUCAGGAAAGCCAUUUGAGGUCACAAUGAAGCAUGGAGUGAUACGAGAUUUAUUAGUCAACCGUGAUAUUCCUACUUGGGAAUUGAAUCUCCUCAAGAGUUUCGUGAGCCUGCUGCAAAUUGACACGCAGGGAGAAAACGCGGUAGAAACCAGGAGCGCUCAAAUUCCAGUCGACGAAAAUUCUCCCAUUAUAUUUACAGCCGUAGAAGAUUCCAUCGGUGGCAGGUGCGAAGUACUAUACGAGAUCUUACCAUUGGACUCAGAUGCUCGAGAGAUAUCAGACAGGAUACCUUUACCGGAUUUACGCGGUGAGGGGUAUCAUUACGACGUUAAAAAAAUGAGGAAUUACGAGAAAUGCCUUCAGCGACAAGUUUAUCGUCGCGGUCUAGAAGAUCCAUUGCUCCAAGAUAGAGUCCAACAGGAUAAAAUGAUUUUGGAAUUAUCUUCGACUCGAAUGCUUCUCUCGGGCCAUCUGAAAAAAUUCACUAUUCAAUCUGUCGUAACGAAGAAUCAUAUAUCUGUUAGGCCUGAAAAAACUGAUCCUUUCCUUGGCAACGUCCACAGCGUAUUGAAAUUGACUUUAUUGAAAAAGGACAAAAUAUCCAGGCCACUGUCUGAUUCACUCGAAUCAACCAACCUCGAGUCAACUGGAAACCUAAUAUAUACGUAUAAUAAUCCAUUUUCUGAUUCUGAAAACCCAAUAUUACCAAGCGUCAGUAUGAAUUCCGAGCAAAUAUAUUCAUCAGAGAGAACCAGUUCUUCUGAAAAAAAUUGGGACAACCAGAACAGCUUCUCUAGAAGCUCCAGCGAUGAGGAUCAGAGUAAUAUUUUACCUAAAAGAAUGGCAAUGCCCAAUGCUCCAAAAAGCCCGCUAUUACGCCUCAUGACCGUCACAAAUAUGGAACAAAUCAAGGACUUAAUUCUUGAAAUAGCUACCGCAAUAAAUUCUUCUAAUGACACGAAUCUAAGUGCAAUGGAGCAAUAUGUGUUCUUAAAAAAUUUCGUGCGCAUCAUGAGCCUCAAGCAGAUUGAUGAAUUAGAAGAACGCUUACGUAAUCUCAAAAUUCAAGAUAAAGAUUACAAGAAUGUUAUCUGGAGCGUCUUACGGGAUACUGUUGCACAAGUUGGAACAGAACCCGCUUUGUUGACUAUCCACAAUUGGUUAAAAAAUAAAAAAGUUGAAGGUCUAGAGGCAGCAAAAAUUGUAUCUCAAAUUGCCAGGCAUGUUAACAAACCAACAAAAGAAUAUGUCAGAAUGUUGUAUGAAAUGGUAAGGGAUCCAUCAGUAUUGUACCAGACAGCCGUAAAUGUGACCGCACCAUUAGCACUUGCUCAAGUAAUACGUAAAUAUCAUGUCAAUACUAACUAUUUGAUGCGCAGUUUGAAGCAUUUAGGCCCUACUCUCAGGAAUAAUGUACCCACACACAUCGAGAUAAGCAACGUUUAUAUUCCCUUUAUGACUGAACAACUGAAACAAGGCUUGGAUAAUUAUGAUACUUCAAGAAUUCAAGUAUAUAUCAUGGCACUUGGUUUGACCGGCCAUCCGAAGAUUCUCUCGAUCUUUGAGCCGUACUUAGAAGACAAGGAGUCGAUUUCGAAAUUCGAACGUUUACUCAUGGUAUCUUCCUUGUCCACUUUAAGCAGAUACGAACCGAAAUUAGUUGGACCAAUUUUUUAUAAGCUCUACUCGAACGUAGACGAAGAUCAUAGAGUACGUUGUAUGAGCGUACAUCGAUUUAUUACACUCAACCCACCUUUAAUUACGUUGCAACGCAUAGCGAAAUUUACUAAUGAAGAUUUGGAUGAAAACGUAAUCUCUGCUGUAAAAACUACAAUAAACAGUCUCGCCAAUACGAAGUUACCAGAAUUGCAAGAUCUCGCUGCUAAGGCGCGCAAUGUCAGGCAUCUAUUGAAUCCGAAAGAGUUUAGUAAAUGGAAUUCACGAGGCUACUACACGGACUUGAAUUAUUGGGGUAUUAAGGACCUUAGAAUGCAAACCAUUGGUGAUGAGGGUAUAGCUCCUUCAUAUUUGCGCGUUGCUGUAAACACUGCUUUGAAUUUCAAUAGAUUACCUACUUUCGAAGGAGGAUAUCUAGUAUCGAAUGUCAGGCAGCUUUGGAACAAUUUGAAGAGCGAAGAAACAAGUCAUGAAAUGUUGAAAAAAUCACGCAUUGAGAAACUUUUGAAAGUACUUCAGCUCAAGUCCGAAGAUCUAAAUAAAUUGGAAGGACAUGUUUUUCUGAGCACAGUACACGAUCUUCUGAUCUAUCCCUUUGACAGUCAAACUGUUCGAACAAUUUCCUCUCGGUUGAAGAAUUUCUUCAAGAAGGACCAACGAUUGAAUUUAACUUUGUUCAAUAAUUACGAAACGAUGUUAAGCUUCCCAAUUGAAAGUGGCCUGCCAUUCCUUUAUAGUUUGAAUUCGCCAAUGGUUUUAAAAUUGAAAGCUGAAAUGAAAAAUGACGAACUUUCGAAUAAAAAGAAAACUGGCAUUUUGAAUAUAUAUAUUGCCAAUAAGGUUCAGAAGCAGUUUGGUUUUAUAGCACCUUUCGAGCAUUAUAAUUACAUUGCUGGUAUUCAUGUCAAUCGAAUGUUGCAUUUACCAUUAGAAUAUGAAGUCAAUCUUGAUUUGACUCAACGAAACCAUGAUACUGGUGCGUUAAAGGUUCGUCUACAAAGGAGUCAAAGGAGUCUCACUGCAUUGCAUCUCAGCACUGUUCCCUUCACCACGCGACAAAACCUCCACGAUCUUCAACCUGUAUCUCUUAGUAGAAACACGCAUGUUGUACUAACAGAAAAACCACGUAAAAUUUUACUAGAGAAAGACUUAUUUUCUGUCCAAGUAGAAACUGAAAACGAAGAAGAAGAACGAGCUCGAGACGAUGAUAGCAUUUACCAGCUCUUGUUAAAAUUACGAAAGAUACCUGACGGCCAAUAUAAAAGAUUGGAUAUAUUAAUGAAUUCUGAACAGUUAGCAAAGAAUGUAUUAGACACAAACCUUAUUCAUGAGAAAAUUGCAAUUGAUAAUGCCUUGAUGCAAUCACAAGAAUCAGAGAGAGAGUCACAAAUUAUGUUUUCUUUAAAACAUGUGAAGCCAAACAGUGAAAAGAGACGAAAGGAGGUUGUGGCAGGCGUUAGCAAAGGCUUCAAGUCGGGUGAUGUCCAUUUAGUGGAUAUAAAUGUCAACUUACCGGAAUUAGAAAGACAAUAUGUUUACACCGCUAGUUGGAUGGAUAGUAACAUAGACAGGAAGUCCAAGGUUUAUUUAUAUUGGAAUUCUCAAACAUCAACGGAGGAAAAACCAACAUCUGAAGUUUGCUAUAUACAUGAAAUGCAAUAUUCACCAAAUACUCCUCUAAAUUUCAAACAUAUGAGGAAACAUGCGCCGAGAAAUAAAAUCAAAGUUGAACUGCGAUAUGGAAAGAAUUGCAGCGGAGGAGACGAAAUUGUCGUCGACGCGAGCAUAUCGCGAAGCAACCGAAUAAAGACUAUGUUAGAGUCCUCCAAAGUAGUUAAACAAUGUUGGGAAGAAAUUGAGAGGGGACAUAAUGCACUGCGUGCUUGUCAGCAGGCCAAUGAACUUGCCCAAUUGAAGAAUCAGUUGAACGUUUUAGUUAAAAGUUCAAUAACUGACUAUAUUAAAGAAAUUAUUUCCAAGAUUUCCGAUUAUUUGUCGCAUCUCUUCCCUAAUUCACAAAUGGAAGUAACAGACUUGAAAGACUCUGAAAGAAAUGCCCUCAAUAUAAAAAUGACUUUGUCACCCUUGGAAAUAGUUCCGCCGGCUUCCUUAGAUUCUUCGCAAAUAGAUGUUACUGUCCCUAACACAGAGCAAACAGAUUUCGAAAUGCAAGAGCUAUUAAAGGAAAAUACCAUACACCGCAGAAAAGAAAGAAGAGCUUCGUGUACUAUUGAUAAAGACAUGGUUCUUACUUUUGAUAAACUGCUUUAUCCUAUGAAACUGGGGCCUUGUAAACAUGUACUAAUGACUACUCAGCCACAAAAGGAUCCCGAUACUGAAAAAAACAUAACAGAAAAUUUUAUUGCCUUAAUUCAAAAUCAUAAUGAUGAUACUAAAACAAUCAUUCUAUUGAUGGACGAGCACGUAAUUGAAUUAGAGAAAACAGAUAAUAAUGUUACACUUCAAGUCGACGGCAUUCCCAUUCAAUUAUCACAGAUUGAUAGAGGUUAUCAACUAAGAGAAAAUGGUGAAACACUUCUUGAAUUCGUCAAGCUACCUGACGGUUCAGUUGAAGUGAUUUCGAGCGAAUCUGAUAUCAAAAUACUAUUCGACGGAGAACGUAUUCAAUUAUUGGCAUCGGACAGAUAUCGCAAUACUCUACGUGGUCUUUGUGGCAACUACGACUCCGAUCCCAGCACUGAUUUCCUCACUCCUCAAAACUGUCUCGUGAGGAAGCCCGAAGUAUUCACCGCUACAUAUGCCUUGACUCAUGAGGGUUGCCAUCAUGAAGACAUUCUGGAGAACAAACGAAAAGCUGAACUCACUCAGUGCCAUGAGUUGCCAAGAAUUCGUCAGAACAACGUUAUUAACGAUAUAGAAGCGGGAAGAUUGCCGAGACGUAAUGAACUUUGGGGCUAUCAUAACAAUAAUCUCAAGAGAAAAUAUAACUUGAAUUAUGAUAGUGAAAAAUCCAAUGUCGAGAAAAAUUUACCAGACGAUAGCAAUGCUGUCUACCGCACAAAAGUUAUUCUAGAGGGCCAAGAAAUCUGUUUCACGAUCAAACCUAUACUAACGUGCCGUGAGGGCUAUAGCAGUCCUUCGGAAACAAAGGUGGAGGAAGUUAACCUUUAUUGCCUACCAAGGAACGAGGAAUCUUUAUUAAUAAAACGCAGGAUCGAGCAAGGCGCUAACCCAGAUUUUACCCGAAAGCCUGUCAGUAGAUCGCGUCCUUUGAGCAUUCCUAUCACUUGCACAUAAUCUGGCAAUACCAAAAUGAUAUACCGACCAUGCAUACUUAAAAUGACCUCUUUUUUAUUUUUUCUUUUUUUAGAAAGCAAUAAAUAUGCACUAUUAAAUCUUUAUAGUAUUAAAUUUAACUCACAUUAGGUUAAAUUUAACACUAUGAAUUUAACAGUGUGUUGUUUAAUAAUGCAGUAAUGUAAGCAAUAAUAAAGUUGAGCUUUUCAACAUAA